GUGAUGAGAUGAGGAUGGAGAAGAUGGAGGAGAAACUCCACCGGCAGAAUUUAGUGGAAGAGGUUGUUUUGAAAAGGUCCAAGGAGCAGGAGGUCAACGGGAAGGAGAAACCAAGAAGAUGCUCCAUGGGGCAGGUCAACGAAGAGGAAAAGCCAAGAAGAUGUUCCAUGGGACAGGAGAACACAAGAAGAUGCUCCAAGGAGCAGGAGGUCAUCAAAAAGCCAAGAAGAUGCUCCAUGGGGCAGGAGGUCAACCAAAAGCCAAGAUUCUCCACUGGACAAGAGGUCAAUGAAGAAGAAAAGCCAAGAAGAUGCUCCAUGAGACAGGUCAACCAAGAGGAAAGUCCAAGAAGAUGCUCCAAGGAGCAGGAGGUCAUCAAAAAGCCCAGAAGAUGCUCCAUGAGCCAAGUCAACCAAGAGGAAAAGCCAAGAAGAUGCUCCAUGAGCCAAGUCAACCAAGAGGAAAGUCCAAGAAGAUGCUCCAAGGAGCAGGAGGUCAUCAAAAAGCCCAGAAGAUGCUCCAUGAGCCAAGUCAACCAAGAGGAAAAUCCAAGAAGAUGCUCCAAGGAGCAGGUCAAUGAAGAGGAAGAGCCAAGAAGAUGCUCCAUGGGACAGGAGGACACAAGAAGAUGCUCCACAGAGCAGGAGGUCAUCAAAAAGCCAAGAUACUCCAUGGAGCAGGAGGUCAACCAAGAGGAAAACCCAAGAAGAUGCUCCAAGGGAAGAGGUUGCAAAUCCACCCCGAGAAGCUCGGAGGAGGAACGCCCGAGCAUCUGCGAGGAAUGCGGUCAGAGCUUCAGCCGGAACUCGAACCUGGUAGUCCACCAACGGUUACACGCCGGCGAGAAGCCCUACAAGUGCUUGGAGUGCGGGAAGAACUUCAGCCGAAGUUCCCACCUCAUCACCCACCACCGGCUCCAUACCGGCGAGAAACCCUACAAAUGUCCCGCUUGCGGGAAAAGCUUCAGCGACAGUUCCACGCUCGUCACCCACCACCGUCUCCACACCGGCGAGAAACCCUACAAAUGCUUCGAGUGCGGGAAAGGUUUCAACCAAAGCUCCAACCUGACGUCCCACCAACGGACCCACACGGGAGAAAGACCCUAUAAAUGUCCCGAGUGCGGGAAAAGCUUCAGCGUCAGUUCCUACCUCAUCCGCCACCAGAAGAUUCACACCGGGGAGCGACCCUACAAAUGUGAGGAGUGCGAGAAGACCUUCAGCCAAAGCUCCAGCCUUGUUAUCCACCAACGGGUUCAUACCGGCGAAAAACCUUAUCGGUGCGUCGAUUGCGAGAAAUGGUUUCGGAAUAGUUCGGAUCUCAUCAGGCAUCAACGGACUCACACCGGGGAGAGACCUUACCGUUGUCGCGAUUGCGGGAAGAGUUUCAACCGAAGCUCCAACCUGAUGAUCCACCAACGGAUUCACAGCGGGGAGAAACCCUACGGGUGUCCCCAGUGCGGUCGGAAUUUCACCGUGAGUUCCGCCUUGAUGAAACAUCAAAGGACCCAUCGGGAAGGGAAACCCUACGAGUGCCCCGACUGCGGGAAGAGUUUUAUCCGUUCUUCGAAUUUUAUGACCCAUCGGAGAACCCACCUUGGGUAGAGACCUG